AGAGAGGACCCGGAGCCAAUGGAGGAGAUCGGGGCGCCCCAAGUGUGAGAUAGAAUGUUGGCUUCGGAAGCUCAGGGAAGAAGUAGCAGGGAGAAAAACGUAACCCAGUGUGCCUGAAAAUGACGACAAAGCGGAACUUGUUUGUGCGGCUGGUGCCCUGCCGCUGUUUGCGUGGAGAAGAAGAAACUGUCACUGCACUCGAUUAUUCUCACUGCAGCCUGGAGCAGGUGCCUAAGGAGAUUUUUACUUUCGAAAAGACAUUGGAAGAACUCUAUUUAGAUGCAAAUCAAAUUGAAGAGCUUCCAAAGCAACUUUUUAACUGUCAGUCUCUGCACAAGUUGAGCUUGCCAGACAAUGAUUUAACAACGUUGCCUGCAUCCAUAGCAAAUCUCAUAAACCUCAGGGAACUGGAUGUCAGCAAGAAUGGGAUACAGGAGUUGCCAGAGAACAUCAAAAACUGUAAAGUUUUGGCAAUUGUUGAGGCCAGUGUAAACCCUAUUUCAAAGCUUCCAGAUGGAUUUUCACAGUUGUUAAACCUAACGCAGCUAUACCUGAAUGAUGCUUUUCUUGAGUUCUUGCCAGCCAAUUUUGGCAGAUUAACUAAACUCCAGAUUUUAGAACUUAGAGAAAACCAGUUAAAAAUGUUGCCAAAAACCAUGAGCAGACUGACUCAGUUGGAGAGACUGGACCUGGGAAGUAAUGAAUUCACAGAAGUGCCUGAAGUUCUUGAACAGUUAAGUGGGUUAAAAGAAUUCUGGAUGGAUGGUAACAGACUAAUUCUUAUUCCAGGGUUUAUGGGCAGUUUGAAGCAAUUGACUUACUUGGAUGUUUCCAAAAACAACAUUGAAACACUUGAAGAAGGCGUUUCUGGAUGUGAAAGUUUACAAGACCUACUGUUGUCCAGUAAUUCACUUCAGCAGCUACCAGAGUCUAUUGGUUCUCUAAAGAAAUUAGCAAUUCUUAAAAUUGAUGAGAAUCAGCUAAUGUAUUUGCCAGACUCCAUAGGAGGGUUAACAUCUGUUGAAGAACUGGACUGUAGCUUCAAUGAGAUUGAAGCUUUGCCUUCGUCAAUUGGCCAGCUCUGUAAUAUAAGGACCUUUGCUGCAGAUCAUAACUUUUUAACUCAGUUGCCACCAGAGAUUGGCAACUGGAAACAUGUAACUGUUCUGUUUCUGCAUUCAAAUAAGCUGGAGUUUCUCCCGGAGGAAAUGGGUGAUAUGCAGAAAUUAAAAGUUAUUAAUCUAAGUGAUAAUAGAAUGAAAUAUUUGCCUUAUAGCUUUACAAAGCUGCAACAGUUGACUGCUAUGUGGUUAUCAGACAAUCAGUCUAAACCGCUCAUUCCCCUUCAAAAAGAAGCUGACCCAGAAACACAGAAAACGGUACUUACUAAUUACAUGUUCCCCCAACAACCAAGAUCUGAAGAUGUUAUGUUCACAUCAGAUAAUGAAAGUUUCAAUCCUUCACUUUGGGAAGAACAAAGGAAACAACGAGCUCAGGUGGCUUUUGAAUGUGAUGAAGACAAAGAUGAAAGGGAGGCACCGCCCAGGGAGGGCAAUUUGAAGAGAUAUCCAACACCUUACCCUGAUGAGCUGAAGAAUAUGGUCAAAACAGUUCAAACAAUAGUGCACAGAUUGAAAGAUGAAGAAAAUCUAGAAGUUGCUCAUAAAGACACAAAGCAAGAAAAUCAAGUUUCAGUGAAGGAUGUGGGUGUAAAGACUUCAGAAAUCACUACUGCAAAGAACAAAACAGAAAAUGAGCAGACUAUCAUGAUGGGAAAUUGCUUGCAGAAGCCUAACGAACUAGGGGCUGAGAAUAGCUCUGGAAACUCACAGAUGAAUGCCCAAGUUAAAACCUCAGAGAAGCCAGUGCCGAUUGCUAAUCAUGAAGACAUGCCUGAGGAGUCAGAAGACCUCUCCUCUGAUGAAGAAAUGAAAAUCGCAGAAAUGAGGCCACCCUUGAUAGAAACUUCCAUUAAUCAGCCAAAAGUGGUAGCCCUUGGUAGCAGCAAGAAAGAUGACAGUAACGAUGUAGAUUCACUGUCGGAUGAACCUACUCGCAAUAGUAACCAAAACAACAGCAAUUGUUCCUCUCCUUCUCGGAUGUCUGAUUCAGUUUCUCUAAAUACUGACAGCAGCCAUGAAGCAUCAAUGUGCUCUCCAGAGAAAGAGACAAACAUGUCCAUCGCUUCCAAAAUCAGGCAAGAAGAUGAAAAUUCUAAUAGCCUCUUACAAAAUGGAGGUGAAAUAAAUGUCACAGCAGAAGAAAAACUGGUUGCCCAAGAAAAAGUUACCAAUUUUACUGAAUUUACAUUAAGCAUUGAAGAGAGAUUAGCUUUAAUAGAGAAAGGUGUUGAACUAAACAGUGCUACUGAUGAAAGUCACAAAUUGCAGCAAAUCAGCAUGAAUAUCUGCAAGUUGGCUGGUGAGGAAGGAAUGCAAUCAAGUGCGGAACGAAUAAAAACACAGGAAGUAGCAUCCAUUAAGGGCUUUAUAAACAACAAUUUGAAAGUAGAGAUGGAGCACAUGGAAAAUGAAAAGAAAUAUUCUAAUCUGUGCUCUCUAAGUAAUGUUAAUGGACAUUCUGAGGAAGUACCUCACUCUGCAGGAAAAUCAGAACUGAAGAGAAGUGCUACACUUGAUACAGAUUCUUCUUCGGAAAUGUGUCUCUCAAAGAGCACUGAAGACUUGUCCCCACAGCGGAGUGGGCCAGUUGUAAAAUCUCACAGCAUAACUAAUAUGGACAUGGGCGCUCUGAAAAUCUAUGAUAUUAUCAACGAUAAUGGAUCACAGCAACCGAGUGCCAUAGUGAAAUCAGCACCCUCAGUUCCAGAUGGAAAAAAUAUUGUCCGUAGCAAGUCCGCUACUCUCCUCUGUGACCAGCCAUUGCAAGUAUUUCCUGGAUCUUCAUCUUCAUCCUCUGAUCUAAUAUGUACAAAAACCGUUUUCAAGUUUGAUUCAAAUCACAAUCCUGAAGGUACUAAUGUAAUAAGAGGGCAAGAGACAAAUACUUCACAGCCACUUGGUAAUCUCCAGUAUAACAUUCAAUACAGCAGCAGUAUGGCAGCCAAAGACACUCUGUGGCCCCAAAAGCAGAACUCUCUCAUUGAACAAAGUUGCCCGCAUCCUCAACGUUUGCCUAGGUCAGAUACUGUAGAAGGUUGCGGUCCUGUGAAAUACUCUGCCAACAUGAAUUUCUCCAACCAUAACAAUGUUAGAGCAAGUGCUGCAUAUAAUAUGCAUCAAAGGAUGGGUGGGAGGCACAUGGAAAUGUGGGCUGUUCCACCAAAUGACAGACUUCUAUCAGGGGCAACGAGGAAUACCCUUCAGCGGCAGAGCAGCGUAUCUUCCACUGCUUCCAUGAACAUUGGUGAUACGGGACCUCCCCGGCGUCCUCAGAUUCCUGAGGGGGAUUAUUUAACAUACAGGGAUUUGCAUUCGAUGGGAAGAGUCCCGCCCAUAAUGUCAGGAGGACCACAAAGACCACUUUCUGCAAGAACCUAUAGUGUUGAUGGUCCAAAUGUACCCCGACCGCAGAGUGCUCGCCCCUCAGCAAACGAGAUACCCGAGAGAACUAUGUCAGUUAGUGACUUCAAUUAUUCAAGGACUAGUCCCUCUAAAAGAACAAACCCAAGAGUUAAUUCUGAACACUCUCUGUUAGAUGGUCUAGGAAAAAAUAAAGUCCCUCAUGACUGGAGGGAACAGGUGCUGCGACAUAUUGAGGCCAAAAAGUUAGAAAAGAGCAUGCUGUCUAGGUCCUUUAAUUCCAAUUAUGCUCCAGUUAGCAGCUUUCACUAUGGCAGCUCUAGGGAUCUGCAUGGCAGCCAGGGCAAUGUUACCUUGAGUGUUGCUGACGGAAGAGGUUCUGGUGUUCACAUUGGCCGUCAUCCCCAAACAUCCACACCAGUAGAACAAUGUCAAGAGGACGUAUUUGUUUCUGGACAGCAAAAUUACUCAUCUGCCACACUUAGUCUCAAAGAUAUUGCUCCAGAUAGCAUGAAGAAACUUCCUGUACAGGUACCUUUGACUAAUGGGCAGUUGUGCCAGCCUUCGAGACCUCAGGCAAACUAUACUCAAGUUCAUCAUCCUGUUCCCCAAACAUCUGUAGCAAGACAUCCUUCUAGAGAGCAACUGAUUGACUAUCUGAUGCUGAAAGUUGCUCAUCAGCCCCCCUACACUCAGUCCCAAGGUUUAUCCAGGCAAAGCCAUGAGCUGUCAAAGCAAGAGAUUCGAGUGACAAUUGAGAAGGAUCCAGAGCUUGGCUUUAGUAUAUCAGGAGGAGUUGGUGGUAGAGGAAACCCGUUCAGACCUGAUGAUGAUGGUAUAUUUGUUACCAGAGUACAGCCUGAAGGACCAGCAUCUAAAAUCUUGCAACCAGGAGACAAAAUUAUUCAGGCGAAUGGAUAUAGCUUCAUCAGUAUUGAUCAUGGACAAGCGGUAUCUUUGCUAAAGACUUUUCAGAACACGGUGGAAUUCAUCAUUGUGAGAGAGGGUUCUUAAAUACUGUGGAUAAAAGGGAAAUGCCAGCAUGCUUCUUUGAAGGACUUGUUGGAAACUGAAUAUUUUGAUUAUUUUUAUAUGUGAAAAGAACUUUUAAAAUUAUGUACAGUAAUACAAUAAUGAACUUGUGGUUAUAGGGGGAAGAACCACUGUAAAGAACAUAAAUAAAAGUUUUGGAAAUGCAUGUGGUAAUAAACCCUUGAGUUUUAAAGCAUUGGAGCAAUCAAAGAUCACUCCUUCAAGAACAAACCUGUGGUGUUUUUUGUACAGAUGGUGGGUUUAUUUUUGGAUAACUCAUACACAUUACUAAACUUUGUGUAAAGUUAUAAGGAGCCUCAGUUGUAGCCAGUGGACAGAUGGCAGGGCUUUCUGUCCUGUAGCUGUGUUUUGCCUUUAUUUUUUUGUUCACCUGGUUUUUAAUAUCUUUGAAACCACUUCUGUAGAUGCAGCUAAGAGAUUUGAAAUGUUGGCUUUGCUAUAUGCAUAUUGUAUAGAUGAAUGGGUAGAUGGAACGUGGGACUGGCUGGAUUAAUUUAAAAGGCCAGGUGAAAUGGCAAUGAAAGUAUGGAACUGAGAAAGGAGGGGAAGAAAAGUUAACCUGAGAGAAUGUAUAUCUACCAAUAGAAAAAUGCAAUAAAAUGUGAAGUCUUUUCGGGAAGACUAUAAAUAUACUUCUGGGAGUUCUACAGGAUUGGCUCAUAUCACGUUCACUAACUGUCUUAUUUGCUAUGUGUAAUUCAAUUUUGGAUGCUAUUUUUUAAUCACACAAUCGUUGUUUUUCCAUUUGUAUUGUGGAGUUGUACCCAGAGACUCCUUUUUAAAAUGAAAAUCCCCAGUUUUGCGCAAAAUGGUGGUUUUCUUCUGCCUUGUAUGAAAUACUCCAUUUUUAAUUUAUUUAUAGUUUUUUAUUAAAAGAAAAGAAAAGAAA